AUGGCAGAUAAAGCUAAGGAGGAUCUUGACAGAGAUUCAUCAUGUAUCGUCAACUUGGAUGAAACAGGAAGAAACCCACAAACAGUGCCAAGCGUGGAAAUCACUUCAGCAAUAUUAGCUCAUGUUUCCAUAAAUUUGGAUUCCAAUAAUGCAAAAUUCCAACAAGCCCACAUAAUUCCCAGGAUUUUAGCGGAGAGAGGUGUCCAAGGAGUUGCUGAGGCUUUGGAUACUGAUUUAGAGAACGGGCUCGAUGAGGAACAUCUAUAUUGUCGGCGCCAAGCCAGCACAUUAUCCCUAACACUUGCUCCUACACCGGGCUUCUUUAUACGUAUCCUAAAAGCUUGCAAUGAUUGCACCGUUGGGCUUCUAUUCUUGGCUGCAGGAUUGUCAAUUUUCUUUGGUAUCAACGGCAUGACCGAUGGUUUACUCUACGGUUUCAUCACAAUUUCUGUUAUCAUUGUGAUUGUGGUACAGAAAAUGUCAGGAAAGCAACAACCACCGGAAAUGCCUCGAAGGGUGGUUAUAGUCAAGAGAGGGGGACACGAAAAGGAAGUUUCCAGCUCCGAUGUUUUAGUAGGUGACAUUGUUCCCCUCGAGAGGGGUCGUCUGGUCCCUGCUGAUGGUUUGUUCUUCACAUUUGGUGAAUCCUUAAAACUGGAAUUGGAUGAUGGGUCUACCAUUGAUGCCAAUAAGCCAUUUUUGUUCUAUGGUGCAAAGGUGACUGGUGGAACUGGUGGCAUGUUGGUUACAUCAGUGGGCACAGAUACAACAUUUGGUCAGUUGAUGACUCAGGUUACCCAAACCCCCGGCAUGACCCCAUUACCAGCGGAACUUGAUAAAGUGAAUAACAUAUUACAUGUUGUUGGCCUUUUAAUCCCUAUCCUCAUCCUUUUUGUGUUGUUCCUCCGCUUGAAGCUUGGAGAUGAAGAUGUUAAAUCUAAGCUCCCACAGCUCAAGGGGAAACCAAUUCAUAUAGUGGAUGCAAUCAACGGACUUUUUGUGAAUUCAAAUGGGAGGUUCAAUACUUUAAUAGCCACACUUAGUAUGUCGCUGCUUGGAGUAAAGGGAGGAAUGCCUUAUGUAAUCUCGUGCGGUAUUGACUAUUGGCAGAAGAAGAUGCUGUCUGAAAAGGCCUUUGCGGAUCAAAAACCUUUGGCUUGGCUCACCAUGGGCUCGGUCUCAACUAUCUGCAUUGACAAAUCUGCUUGGCUAACACUAAACCAACCGGCAGUUGGCAAGGACUCUAAAGAGACAAGCAAAGCAAUAGAAGGUUUGAAAACAGCUGGGGUUAACAUCAUACUGGUUUCAGAAGAUAAAGAGUCGGGGUUGGAAGCCAUAGCUCUGGAGUCAGAUGGAUUGGUGCUUGAAGGUGAAAAUUUUCGAAAUUACAGCGACGAAGAGAGGAUGAGUAAGGUAAAUAAUAUCACCUUGAUGGAAAGUUGUACCCCAUUUGAUAAGCUCCUUCUGGUGCAGUGUUUGAAGAAAAAAGGCAAGAGAGUAGCAAUGGUUGGAGGCAAAACAAACGAGAUUCCUGCACUGAAAGAAGCUGACGUGGGACUUGUGAUGGAGAGUUAUAGCAGCGAAAUGGCCAGAGAAAGUUCUGAAAUCAUCAUCAGGGAUGGUAACUUCAGUUUCUUGGUCACCAUUGUAAGGUGCGGGAGAUGUACAUAUGAAAAUAUACGCAAGUAUAUCCAAUUUCAGCUUAGCAUGACUAUUGCAGGGCUGUUGAUACCCACCAUCACAACCAUAUCUUUUGCAUAUUCUCCAAUUUCGAUAAUCCAAUUGCCAUGGGCAAACUUUGUUUCCACUUUUCUAGGUGGCCUUGCAUUAAUGACUGAGCCGCCAACAGAUAAAUUGAUGAAGAAGCUGCCACUGAGACAAACCGAACCACUGAUCACCAAGGCUAUGUGGAGAAACCUUGUCAGCCAAGCUCUAUAUCAGACUGCCAUCUCGGUGUUCCUCCAAUCUAAAGGGCAGACUAUCCUGGGCAUCAGCAAGAAGGUUAGUGAAACCAUUAUCUUUAAUAGCUUUGUUCUCUGCCAAGUAUUUAACAUAGUCAACGCUAGGGAGCUGGAGAAGAAGAAUGUGUUCAGGGGCAUUCAUAGUAACCCCUGGAUUUGGGUGGCUGUGUGUGUUAUUCUAGUGCUCCAGGUGGCUUUUAUUGAGAUUGCACAUAUCCUUAUAGGCAAUGGAAAUUUGAAUUGGGUGGAGUGGCUCGUCUGUCUUAUAAUUGGGAUGAGUUUAUUGGCAACCGAUUGGGCUACAAAAUGGACAUCAGAAUGA